AUGGACUGGAAAUCUGGCAAUCUGUUCGAUAUAGAUGGAAGCGUCUUGGAAGGGGGAGGACAGAUCCUGAGAAUGGCUCUAUGUUUUAGCGUACUCACCAAAACGCCGGUUCGUAUUCGAAACAUUCGACAAGGUCGGAAAAAACCAGGAUUGGCAGCACAACACCUGGCUGGCGUCGAGCUAAUGCGUGAUAUUUGUCAAGGCAAGGUGCACAAUGCCGCCCUAGGAUCCACUGAUAUCGAUUUCUAUCCCGGACAUAUCGGGCACGGCCGUUUUGUAGGACACGUCCAAACAGCGGGAAGUGUGAGCCUUCUGCUUCAAGUAGCUCUUCCGGUAGCGAUUUUUAGCUCGAAUAAAAUCACGCUAGAUUUGCGAGGAGGAACGAACGCCGCCAUGGCGCCACAGAUAGAUUUUCUGACGGAAAUUUUUCGUCCCAAUAUGGAACGGUUUGGAGCUACCUUCGAUUUCGAUCUGAUGCGUAGAGGAUAUUUUCCAAGUGGUGGAGGGCAUUGCAUCGUGGAAGUGAAGCCAGUACAAUCCCUAAGGCCUAUCGUACUAACUGAGGUGGGAAUGGUGCAAAGAUUUUUCGGAUGGAGCUUCGUAGCUGGAGUGCUUCCGAUAAAGAUUGCACAUGAAAUGGCCAGUGGGGCUAAGACGGUUCUCAAUCAAAUUUGCAACACCCGAGCCGAUAUUGAAGUCUAUAAGGAAAGCAUUGAUAUGGCACCGGAAGGUAACUGUUCCGGCAUUAUCUUGGGCUGUGAAACGAGCUCUGGAGCCAUUAUAGGAGGCUCUGCCCUCGGGGAAGCUAAAAAAAGAAACAGCCAAAGCGGCGAAAUGGCUGCCCAAGAAAUACAAAGCGCUCUCGUGGCCGGUGCAUGUGUGGAUCGGCAUGUACAGGACAUGAUGAUAAUCCUGAUGGCACUAGCUGAUGGCCAGAGUCGCAUACGUACAGAACAAUUGACUUUGCACACUAAAACAGCCAUCUACGUGACAGAAUUGAUGACAAAGGCAAAGUUUAACAUUAUCGAAGAAAACGGACGCAACGUUAUCAUCGAAUGCAAUGGAAUCGGGUUACGGAAUGUGAAUUUUCUCAAUAAUUCGAGGCAUUACUAAAUCGUCGGUUAUACUUCAAGUGCACAGACAGCUGUGAAUUUAGAACCACAUGUAGAUCUCUAUCGUAUCGUUGUACAUUUCUAGAGAUAUUAAGUAGCUAUGGGUUAUUGAAAAAAGUGAUAAGCAUGUGAAGUAAUAAGUUGUAUAUAAAAAUUUGCGAUAGUUUA